UCGCCGCUGUUUUUCCUGUUUUAGUUUACAGGAGAGAAGUUUAAUAACACAAAAAGACACGAAGCGGGUUAAACGUCAGAAAUGUCUUCACUCGUGACAAUAGGAUUGGUUAUGGUGUUAUACUUGCAGAUUUCUUCUGCUGUGCCGGUGAAUGGGAUUAAACACCUGCAAAGUAAAUUCUGGCAUAUCUCAGACUUGCACUUGGAUCCUACCUACCAUGUCACAGAAGACCAUACCAAAGUGUGUUUUUCCUCCAAGGGCGUUCCUGCAUUGGAUCCUGGGGAGUUUGGAGAUUUCCUAUGUGAUUCCCCUUACCAACUUAUUCUUUCAGCAUUAGAUUAUAUGAAGCAAGUGGACAUACAGCCUGAGUUCAUUAUCUGGACAGGCGACAGUCCUCCACAUGUCCCCAAAGAGGAACUGUCUACUGACAUUGUCAUCAAUGUUAUUACCAACAUGACUCAAACCAUACAAAAGUUCUUCCCGAAAUUGCCGGUUUACCCCGCCCUGGGCAACCAUGACUACUGGCCACAGGAUCAGGAUCCAACAUCUGAAAAUAAGAUUUAUGAUGCUGUAACCCAACUUUGGCACCCGUGGUUGAGUCCAGAAGCUGUACCGACUUUGCUAAAAGGUGGCUUUUACUCCCAUGUGAUCAAACCUGGUCUCCGUCUUGUGAGUCUCAACACAAACCUGUACUACAGUCCUAAUAAAGUGACGGUGAAUAUGAGCGACCCCGCCGGGCAGCUUCAAUGGCUGCAGGACACGUUGGAAUUGUCAAGGCAGAAGAUGGAGAAAGUCUAUGUAAUCGCUCACGUCCCAAUUGGUUACCUACCUUAUGCCGCAAAUACAACAGCCAUGCGAGAAAUCCACAACGAACAACUAGUGAAGAUAUUUCGCAACUACAGUGAUGUCAUUCAGGGUCAAUUCUACGGUCACACUCAUAGAGACAGCAUAAUGGUUCUGUUGGAUCAACAAGGUAAACCAGUGAACUCCAUAUUUGUCACACCUGCUGUGACACCCAUCAAAAGUGUAGCAGAGCCAUAUUCAAACAACCCUGCUGUCCGCGCCUAUCUGUACAACCCGCAGGAUUUUGGUUUACUGGAUAUUUGGCAGUACUACUUAAAUCUCACAGAAGCCAACAUGGAAAAAAGGUCAGAAUGGAAGCUGGAAUACAUCAUGACUGAAGCUUUUGAUAUCGAUGACAUUCAGCCCCACAACUUGCAUGAACUUGCCCUUAGGUUAGCGCAGCCACAGAGCAAAGCCUUUCACGAGUAUUUUAACCACUUCAUGGUGAGUUAUGACUUGAACGUCACGUGCCAGGGUUACUGCCAGACGCUUCAGGUUUGUGCUGUUCAGUUUUUAGAUAAAGAGUCUUACGCCGAGUGUGUUGUGAAAACAAACAGACAAUCAAAUUACGUCAGUGGAGAAUUUUAAGAAGAUUUUUCAAAUCAGGGACCUUAAAGGUGCAGUGUGUAAAUUUUAGCGCCAUUUUGUGGUGAGGUCAAAUUGCAAAAAAAAUGUCUCAGUCCACUGCUCAUUCCUUGCUUUUGAGAUGCAUAGAGAAGCUACGGUAGCCACCACAGGACAAACACGUCAUCAUCAGAGAAAAUUUAGUAAGCAAAGUUUGUCCAUUAAGGGCUUCUGUAGAAACAUGCCGGCACAAAAUUGGCGACUUCCAUGUAAGCGAACGGCUCAUUUUAAGAUAAUAAAAACAUAAUGGUUCAUUAUGAACGGUCUUUAUACACCACUGAAAAUAUAGUUAUGUAGAUUAUAUUGCAUUUCUGUCAAGGGAUUCUUCUAAAAGUUACACACUGCACCUUUAAUGAAGGACAAUAAUACAAGGGUAAAUCUCAGGAAAAGUGUCCAGGUUAUGUUUCACCUCAAAAUCGAAACAACCGAACAAGCAUUUUUGCAAUUUUAAGUAAUGUUGUAACAGUUACGCAAAGUUUCCCCUCCAAAUUCUCAUUUACUGUAAUGCGUCUCUAUUUGCUCACAGAAAAUUUUUACACAUUUUACGAUAAAAAUAUACAAAAACCGAUUAUAAU